GCGCCAGCGUAGCGGUGCUCUACUAUACCGGCAGUAUAUCGGGUGGGGCGCAUAUAUUCCUUGUUUUUCGACGAUAAUAACAAAAUAAUUAACGAAUUUACCGGGAAAAUUGUUGUUUACAUGACUGUUGCCGAAUCGUGUUUGAUUUUCGCUUAUUUCAAAUGAAGGGUUGCAUUUUGUGAUAAUUAUCGGCUGAGUAUUUUUAGGUUAAUGUUGUGUCGAAAAAGUGACAGAUUUUGGGUUUUGUAAUUUCGCGUGAAAAGGUAUUUUUAGGCGGUUUCUUGGGGGUUUUUUCAUGUGUGGUGGUGCAAACAACGUUCGUAGACGUUAAUUAGAAGUUUUCGCGAGGAAAAAGUCGUGGAAAUGAUAAAAAUUUAGAAGAUAAAUUUUAGAUGGUUGGUCGCCAUUUUGAAUCGUUUCAAAUAAUGCGCAUAUAGCGAAUCAAAAACGCAAAAUAUGGCGCCAGUACCGCGUCCAGGUAAUCUGAGGGACCCCGAAAUAGCCGAGCUAUUUUACAAACACGAUCCUGAGAAGAUUUUUGAGGAUUUAAGGGAAAUUGGGCAUGGAUCCUUCGGAGCUGUUUAUUACGCAAGAUGCACCCUCUCCAAAGAAAUUGUCGCCAUCAAAAAGAUGUCGUACACUGGCAAGCAAAGUCUGGAAAAGUGGCAGGAUAUCUUGAAGGAGAUACGAUUUUUGAAGCAGUUAAAGCAUCCGAAUACUAUAGAAUACAAAGGUUGUUAUCUCAGAGACAACACAGCCUGGUUGGUGAUGGAAUAUUGUGUGGGGUCAGCCUCCGAUAUAAUAGAGGUACACAAAAGGCCACUAAGAGAAGAGGAGAUAGCUGCAAUUUGUGAUGGUGUUUUAAAAGGGCUCAGUUAUCUGCACGAUUUUGGUAGAAUUCACAGGGAUGUAAAGGCUGGUAAUAUACUUUUAACAGAAAAUGGCACUGUAAAAUUGGCUGAUUUUGGUAGUGCCUCAAUAAAAUGUCCAGCUAAUAGUUUUGUGGGUACCCCUUAUUGGAUGGCGCCUGAAGUGAUCCUGGCCAUGGACGAGGGCCAGUACGACGGCAAGGUGGACGUGUGGUCGAUGGGGAUAACCUGCAUCGAACUGGCGGAGCGAAAACCUCCUUACUUCAACAUGAACGCCAUGUCGGCUCUCUACCACAUCGCGCAAAACGAUCCGCCCAGUCUGUCGUCGAAUUCCGACUGGUCGGACGUUUUCAAGCACUUUGUGGAAGCCUGUCUGCAAAAAUCCCCCUCGAGCCGACCCGAUUCCGCGAAAUUACUCAAACACCAGUUCGUUACGCGGCACAGAUCGGGAAACGUCCUCGUAGAUCUGAUACAGAGAACCAAAGCCGCAGUCAGGGACUUGGACAACUUGAACUACAGGAAAAUGAAGAAAAUUCUGAUGGUGGAGAACUGCGAGAGCGAAAGUACCAUCGACAUGGACGAACCGGUCGAUGAGCAUACCGGCGACAGCUCCAAAAGCAACUCGGCAACGUCGGAACACUCGGUACAUUCGGUGGGGGUUUCCGCCAGCAGUCAGUCCAGUAGUACCAACAGUUUACCCGCUGGUGGGGAUGAUGGUACCACUAGAAGACACCAGGCCAUGAACCACGUUGCCGCCGCGAUGGCCGACCAUGGUACCAACAAUUUUGCCACCAUUAGAACUACCAGCAUCGUUACCAAACAGCAGAAAGAACACAUGCAGGAGGAAAUGCACGAGCAGAUGUCUGGCUACAAGCGGAUGCGGAGGGAGCACCAAAGUUCGCUGUGGAAACUGGAGGAGAGAUGCAAAAUGGAGAUGGAAGCGCACAAAAAUCAGCUCGACAAAGAGUACGAAAACUUGCUGCUGAGCUUCAGCAAAGAUUUGGAGAGGUUGCAGGUGAAACAUUCGCAGGAGAUGGAGAGAAAAACCAAGCAGAAAAUCGUCGGCGAGAAAAAGUUGGUCAAGGAUAUUUCGACGAGGCAAGAUCUGGACCGUAAGGCUUUCGAAGCGAAUAGAAAGAAGGAGUACAAGGCUAAUAAGGAGAGAUGGAAAAGGGAAUUGUCGCAGGAUGAAUCCACCCCCAAACGGCAGAGGGAUGCUACUUUACAGAACCAAAAAGAAAACCUCAAGCAGGUGGACGCGCAGGAAGAGCAGCGCCUCCUGCGCCACCAAAAGGAGCACUUGGAGCUGGAGGUGAGGAAGUUCCGCAGAAAAAAAUUGCUCUCGUACCACCAGCUCGAGCAGGACCUGCUCAGGCAGGAGCUCAACAAGCGCCAGCAGCAACUCGAAAUGGCGCACAACAUCCUGCUGAGACACCACGAGAAAACGCAGGAGCUCGAGUAUAGGCAGCAAAAAGCCGUGCACGCCCUAAGGGAAGAACAGGUGAGAAAUCAGCACGAUACGGAGCUGGCCAACCAAACGGAGUACAUGAAGAGAACCGAGCGGGAGCUGAGGAAGAAACACGCUCUGGAAAUAAAGCAGCAGCCGAAAUCUUUGAAGCAGAAGGAGAUGCUGGUUCGAAAGCAGUUCAGGGAGACUUGCAAGGUUCAGACUAAGCAAUACAAAGCUUUGAAGCAGCAAGUUUUGAACACUACGCCUCGCGAUCAGCAAAAAAUCGUCAUUAAGAAGUUGAAGGAGGAGCAAAGGAGGAAAUUGGCUCUCCUGGGUGAUCAGUAUGAGCAAAGUAUUGCGGAGAUGUUGCAGAAACAGUGUAUUAAAUUGGACGAAAGUCAAGAGAUGCAAUGUCAGCAAAUGAAGGACAAAUUGCAGUACGAAAUGGAAAUUCUGAUGGCUUACCAGAGCAAAAACAAAAUGCAGGCGCAAGCGCAGAGAGACAGGGAAAAGGACGAACUGCAGACGAGGGUCAACCUGAGAAAAAGUCUUCUCGAGCAGAAAAUGGUCAUCGAAAACCAAAGGUUUAUUGAGGAGCGCGGGGAAAGAAUAAGACUUUUGCACGAGAAGCAGGACAAAGAGCUGGCCGAGUUCGACGACGAGUCGGUCCGACUGGGUUUCAGUGCCCUAGCGAUUGCGGAAAUUUCUCACGGGGACUUAUCACGAGAUUUAUACGACGAUGACGGGAGUUUAUCGGGUUCCAUGCUAAGUUUAGCGAGAUCCAACAGUUCGACAUCGUUUCCUCCAAACUCGGUGUGAAAAUAAAAAAAUCCGAUUCAUCGACACCAUUUUAGUGAGAAAACAAAAAAAAAUUGAAUACUCUCCAUAGAUAAACGUCUAUGGUAAUAAUUAUUACAUUUUUAUCGAUUUUCAUUUAUUUAACUUUUGAUCCGUCAGCAUUUUAUUUGUCUAUGGUUUUACCUUAGACUACAUACAUUGUGGACGGAUCAUAAAUUUCUUAUCGUAUUUGACAUUUAAUUUUUUGAUUUUGUGUCCGGUGUUGAUAGAAUAAUUGUAUAUAGUUUAUAAUUAAUUUUUGUAAAAAUAAUUAAUUUUAAAUAAUUUUUUACCAUUUAAUAAUUUUUCUUUAUACCUACAUUUUAUUUUAUACAUACAUAUUAAUUACAUAAUUAAUUUUGGAUUGUUGAAAAUCCGUAAUAAAAAGACUAAUUUUAAUACCAAAAUUUAAAUCGUAAAAGGUAUUAACAAUUAAAACUUAAGAACGCUUGAUAUUUAAAUUAAAUUAAAUAAAUCGUCAAAAUUUUUUUAUACACACUAAACUUGAAAUUACUGCCAAAUUUUUCAUUUUUUAGUAAAAAGAAAAAUGUACCAUUUUUUGUAUAUUAUUUAUUAUGAACAUUAUUGUAUAUAGGCUUUUUAAUAAUUAUAAUAAUAAUAAUAAUAUUAAAAUGUCAUAAUUUUUUAGCCAUAUACGAGGUGUCAAAAAAGUGAACCAUCCUUAAAACAAAAACAGUGAUAUCUCGAAAAAAAAUUUACCACAAAAAAUAAUCACAAUUAAAUUUUCUACAAAAAAGGUAUUUACAGUUUUUGUCGAAAAACUCACAGAACGCGAAAUAUUUGAUAUGUUGGUUUUAUGUAACUAACGUAAAAUUGUAAUAUUUUCAAAAAUAUGCAUUUUACAGAAAAAACUUAUAUAAUAAAAUUGUAGACGAUUCAAUUCCCUACAAAAAUCGUACCAACAAUUUUUUCGAAAAAUGCACACAACGCGAGAUAUUAGACAUGUUAGAUUUAUGUCAUUUUUACGUAACCUUAUAAUUUACAGCGAUAACUCCAAAAAUACGCGUUUUACAUAAAAAAGUUAUUAACGAAAGUUGCAGAGAAUUUAACUUCCCACAAAAAGUUUUACAACAUUUUUUUUGGAAAAUCUAAAGUUAAAGAGAUAAUCGCGUUUUUGUCUUUUAAAAUGGUAACUUUUUUCCGACAUCUUUUAGAUUAAAAUAUCAAAUCAAAAAAGCUUUUAAAAAUACCAUUUACAUUAUAUUUUAUUAAUUUACCACAAAACACAUAUACAGGGCGAUAUUUUUGUGCAAUCCACUUAUAUAUAAAACGAAACGUUAAAAAAUUACUUUUGACAUCGAAAUUGUGUUUUUCAACGUUUUCAGCAGUAUUUAUUAUUAUACGACAUAGAAAAUUUAGUCAAUAAAAUUAAAUAAAAAAAUUGUAUAUAAUAUUUGUUAUUAACUUCUUUUUAGUGCAUAGGGAUAAAUUUUAUUUAAAAUCUUUACGACUACAUAGAUUGAUUUGUUUUUUAUUAUUUCUUUGUUUAUUUUUUUUCUUAUCGCAAUAAAUGAUAUCCAUUUUAAUACUUGUUUUAUUUCACUCUGAAUUGCUGUACAAUCCGGCUACGUUGCUUUGGGAGGAGUAGUUCCAACGUACCAUACACGUCAUCUCAUCAUAACCUCACUUC